AAAAAUGGUCCAUCGACGGGAGAUGAACAGCAACGAGAGCAGCAUCCGCCAGCACAUCCGCAAGCCAAGUCGCUGCCAAGGGCCAAAACCAAAGCCAAAGCCAACCGAACCGGGCCAAGUCUAAAAGAGGACGUGUGUGGUAGUGAAGUGAGUUCGUGCCGAGCGGGAUUUAAAAACAAUAGAUAUGCCAGGACUGUAAAUGCCUUUUCAAAAGUGCCACAAACACAUGUACAUAAAAUAAAAUAAAAGCAAACACAAGAGCCGCGUUUACAAAUAGAACACAAUAAAGGAUAUUAUGUUGCUGCCAACAUGAGUAGAAAGUCAGCAAAAAAAUCACCCCGAAAAUAAGCUAACAGCAACACCCCACAAAAUAAACUGAAAAAAAGGAAACAGUUAAGAGCGGAAAACAAAGUAAGAAAAUCAUAAUGAUGAUGGAUUAACUGCUCCCAGUUGAUGCUGAUGUUGUGUGAGUGAGAAAGCGAGAGUGUGGGAGGAGCAGCGGAAGCCGCAGCAGCAGCAGUAGCAGCAACAUCAACACAGCAGCAACAUCGGCACAGCAGCAACAUUGCAACAGCAGCAGCAACAGCAACAGCCAAGCAGAAUCAGCCAAUUUUAUGGAAUCAUUUAGCAACAACAAAGAACAUCUGCCAAUCGAAUUGCAACUAAUUUUAAAGCUUGCUGCCUGGCUUUGAGUUUGCUUCACCCCUCGACUUUUACUUCUAUUCCCCCAAUUCCGCUAAAUCAGUCAAGCUGGCGUCGUUCAAGCAGAAAAAUAACAAUAAUACUAUAAGCAAUUACAAUAACAAUAUAAUGUGGAGUAGUACUAUAUCGCCAACCAACUCUAAGAAACUAUUGAUCGGUAGCACACGAAGCGUUGAUUAUGUCGGUGAUAGUGCGAGGACCGCAGCAGGCAAUAUCAAAACAGGAGCAGCAGCAUCAGCAGCAGCAGGAGCCAAAGGAUCAAAAGCCAAAGCCACCGCCAUCGCAGCCACAGCCGCAGCAGCAGCGAACACAACCAAGAUCUCAAUUGAAAUGGAGCUUCAUAUACAGAAUAAGUGCAUUUCGGCAUAGCGCAUCACUCUGGAGGGUGGUGCGGAGCCGCCAUGGCUGCAGGGCCCCCUUAAAGCCGCAUUUUUGGGGGCUACUGGGGUCGGCAAAACAAGCAUACUACAGCAAUUUUUCUACCAUGACUUUCCCAGCACUCAUCAGACGACAACACAUCGCAAGAUUUACAAAAACUGUCUGGUCUGCGACACCUGCAUACGUGAGCUGAUGGUACUGGACGUUCCACCCCAGAAGCGAUUUCCGGCUGACAACUUUGCCGAGUGGAACAACGGACAUCCGCUGGGGCUGCGAACGGUGCACGCCUAUGUCUUGGUCUACGACAUGGGCAAUCUGGAAACGUUUCAGUACUGCCGCUCGAUGAGAGAUCAAAUCUUGGACAGUUUCAGUCAUCGUGAUUUUAGCAUAAUUGUGGUCGGCAAUAAAUUUGACAAUGUGACUGAGGCGCAGGCCAACUCGCAGGAGCUCAAGGAUAUUUCCACGCUGGUGCGCAAACAUUGGCGCUGCGGCUACGUCGAGUGCUCGGCGCAAUAUAACUACAAAAUCGGCGACGUAUUCCGUGAGCUGAUGGGCUGCACCAGCUCGGGAGGAGGCGGCGGCGCCGGAGGAGGCGUGGCCGGGGUCGGUGGCCUGGUUGGCACUGAGUACUCACAAUCAACUAGGAAUAAAGGACGCUGUACAAUACUUUAGCAAAUGUUGCAUAAGUUUUUUAAGCAAACGCUCUGAUCCGGCGCACUAUAUCCGGGUGGAUUCGGUGCGGGCAGCAGCUGCUGCUGCAGCCGGGGCAAGGUGGCGUAUACGCAAUCCCCAAGGAGGACACACAAAGACGACAUUGUUGCCCCUUGCCAACGCCUGCAGUUGCAUAUUUUAACAUAUACUUUUAGUGGCCAAACUCCACGCCCCACACUCCGCACUCCCGGGUAGCGAGUCCACACCACCUCCCUUUGUUUGCCAUUAUUACAACACUUUGCUGGCUGCUUUUAUGGGCGCUUUCUGCUGGGCUCAUUUAAAUGGCGAAGGGACUGCCGAACGAAGGAUGUGUUUGGCCAACGGCAAGGAGUCCCGAUUCCGAUCCUUGCUGACAACUUUUGUGCGUCCGCAUUUGCAAUUCAAUACCAUAAGCUGGAAGGAAGCGCAGUGGCCGUGAAUAUGCAGCGAUAUCCGCAAAGUGCAGCAACCAUUGCCAGCGAAAGUUUGAUUCCUUUGUGGUUAUUAUCAUCGUUGUGGUUAUUAUUUCUGUCGUGGAACGUAAAUAGGCAAUUAUCCCACCAUAAUUUACAAUACAUUUUAUGUACGAACGAAUAACCUUGUUAUCGAUACAAACCGAAAUAGUAUAGUUCUUAAGUAGUUAACCUAAGCUAUACACAUAUACUUAAACAUACUUUAACGUUGUGAUCAUUUCAAGAAUUAGUUCUUAAGGCACACAGACAGAACUUCGGUUAAUGUCAAGUCAAGUCAAGUCAAGUCUCCGAAACUGAAUUACCAGAAAUACCUAACUUAAGGACAACAUACGAGUAAGAGCAAUUUAAUAAAUAGCCGUAAGUGUUUGGAAGAUCGACCGAAGGCGGUAAAAUCAAAGAGUUACAAUCAUGCCAUUAAAACCGCAAGGUUAGCAUUCAUAAUUAUCCGCUGCAAAAUUGAACAUCCUUUAAAAAUAUAUAUUUAACUAUAGUUGACUACGAUCCAGGGCUCUUCAUGGGGCUCUCGGUUUUUCAUUAACACUGAAAUUAAAUCAAAGCAAUAGAAUUCCAAAAUAUAACGAAUGAUUGUGUUUAUAACAAACUAAUAAUAAAUAGAUUAUUCAUUUUCGUCGUGAGGGAGCCGUGAUCAAGAAGCCUUAAGAACCAGAAGCAAAUAUUUCAUAGUAAACCUUAGACUUAACUAAGAUUACAACUUGAUUGAAGCGCACAAAAUCGACGAUUGUGUUAUUAUGAUAUACUCGAAAUUGUUAGGCCCUAGGUUAAAAGUUAUUGGAUUGCGUGUCGUAAGGCACCAUGCCAAACACACCUAGCCGAUGUGUUAUUCAGGGUCUACAGCUCUAUCCGCUGGGCACCGCCAUGUUAAUUAUAUUCUGCGCUGAUCCACGAAACACAUACAUACCAUACCGAUCUCUUUCUUUACCUCAACAAAAGAACUCAAACUACUCAAAAGAAAAGCAAUCAAGGCUGACUUUGUACAUAGAGAUUUCAAAGGAAGAACUUUGCCAAAAAAGCUAUGGAAACCGACUUUUACAGCAAUAUAAGUAAGCUCUAACUGAUAUUCAAGGUAAAUAACUGGGCGCACUGCCAAAAAUUGGUUCCACUCCCAGUUGAGUGCUCGGCUAAGAUUCUAGGAAUAGAUAAGAUAACAAACAAAUUCGAAACAAUUUUUUGAACUUAUUUCAAGGUUAACCAAGGCAAAAUCGAUAAUAAUACAUGAAGUAAUAAACCAUUAUUGUUAUAAAUAAUAUUAAUUGAAUAUACAUUUGGCGGCUUUGAUAAGGGACAUAUACUGUUAAAACAUUAAUGAUACAUAGCAGCUUCCAUUGCUUACUUGUCCAACUAAUCCAAGCCGGGAAUUUUCAACCUUCGCAUCAUCGCCGAACUGAUCCCAACUUGAGAAAUGUGUUCAUAACGUUUCACUCUCCAAACUGAAACACCCGCAAGUAAGCAACUGAAAAGCUCUAUAAUAGACAUAUUUAUAUGGAACAUGCCUAUAUAUACACAUACAUAUAUAAAUGUAACGAUAAUUGUACGAGUUUGGUUCUAGUUUUCGUCUUUGAUUUUCAACUUUUACGGAUUCGUCAAAAUGGCUGUUAAUUUUUGGGAAAUAAAAUGCUAACGCAAAACAGUUAAAGGGAAUUAAAGCAAAAUAAAAUAAACGCAACAAGGAAAAUUGUUGAAUUAUUUACAUUUAAGCAACGCGUUGCCUGCGACAGUUUGAGACAAGAGAAAAAAAUAGGUGUAGCAAAAUAACAAUUAAACUCUAAAAACUCAAAUAUGUAUUAACGAAUCAAAUGCUUCAGCCGCUUGUUGUUUGUUCAAACCAUUCAAACGUAAUAAUUUUAAGUAAAAGCCGCUACGUUUAGAUAAGUAUUACUGGAGUGCAUAAGGCACUCAUGAUCUCUGUUAUUUUUUGUAUAAUAAAAGGCAUGACGCCAAUGCAAAGUAGAAACAAAUUGUUAAUUGAACAGGAGCUAGCCACAGAGUAGCAGAAGCAACGCACCGAAAAUAAAUGUUAAGCAAUUGAAUAUAAAAUGUCGGCCGGAAACGGAAGCAAACAAAUAUCCGUGGACAAACCGUUAGAAAAGUAGAGAACGUUUUUGGAAAAUGCGCAAAGUCGCAAAAAAAACAAAAUAAAGUGAUAU